GUUAAGUAAAUCUUUGACAUAUCAUCAUUAAGUUGUUGUUUUUUCCCCCAACAUAUUUGGGUGUAUUAUGCUACCCUGUACGACGUCCACGAUGAAAGUGAUAUAGCGCAGAAGUUGGAUAAAUCGUAACGUAUUGUCUCAAAACAAGGCUAACGCGCACUAAAGUUAGCUGGGAAAGUGUACUUGUAAUCAUUUGGUCCAUCGGCGCAGUACGUCCCAAACUUGUGUGAAAGAGAAGAAUGCCAGUUGGUAUCUCUUUUAACCUCCUGGGUUUAGUGCAGUGUGUAUGCGACGUUUGCUUAACAAAUACGAUGACUGCACGGUGACUCGUGGUUUCCCCCAUUUAUCCUCAGAGCCAUUUUUGCAGCCCAUGGAUUCUUCUCGGCAACCCAAGAGGGCCAACCAGAAGCAAGAGGCGAAAAGCAGUCCAGCUGAGUCGAAAGCGCCCCGUCGCAAAGAUGCCUAUGCCCGGCUUCUGAGCCGUCACCGCAGCAGCACCUUCACCAAGUAUCUGGAGCAGUUUGCCAAGGAGUCGUCUCUCCCAAUGGAAGAUAAUGGACCGAGCGCACUCCUGAAAGGCCAGAGCGACAAGCUCAGCGUACCCCCGCUAAAAAGGGACCUGAUGGCAAAUCAUCUGUCUGAUUCCAGUGACUUUUCCCCUUCUCCCUUAAAAGACAAAGGCGAUGAGAGCGCCCUUUCGGUGUAUAUGGUGAAAUUAAGCCUUCAAAAUGCACAGCGUGACGGCGAAAGGAAGCCAGGUGUGUCUGAAAAGCACAGGAAGGCACAGAGACGGGAUACGGCCACGAGCCAGGAUGGGGACAUCGAGUCGGGAGAGGAGCUCAGUCCCUUAGGCCCGAAUGACUCCAAGAAGCAACAGCGGCAGCGGAAGAAAACCAAAGACUCCAGCAAAGAAAACUCCUCGAAGGAUGCCGGCCCCUUUGUUGAAAAUGUCCUCAACAAAGCCACUUUCAACAAACCCGAAGUCGAGGACAUAAAGAAGACAAAGAAAAGGAAUCUGCCCAAGCAGUCGGAGGAGGGGAAGCCAAAUGUUGGAGUGUCAAAAUGUUCAGGUGACAGUCACAAUCCCAAAUCCCCUCAGGAUUUCAUCAACCCGCAAAAAAACACAGCUUCCGGUGCCAACUCGCCCGCAGACAAGAAUAAGAACAAAGGAGGCAGAGGCUCGCGGAAACACAUUUUUGAACCCUAUAUGACAUCCGAAGAAGUUUCUCAUGGCCUUAAAAGAGGAGAACUGAUUCAGGGACAAUUGCGAAUCAACCCCAAGAAGUACUAUGACGCUUUUCUCCCAUCCCCUGAUGACACUCGAGAUAUAUUUUUGGAUGGCAUAAUUGCUCGUAACAGGGCAUUAAAUGGAGACAUAGUCGUGGUACAAAUCUUACCACGGGAACAAUGGAAGGUUGUGAGGUCCGACACUGACUGUGAGGGAGCCAGCGAGUCAGAGACCCAGAAGGGAAACCCGGUCCAACCAGCCCAGAAGAAGAUGGUGCGAGCUCCACGGGUUUCUGUCGAAGAUCAGCAUCGUGACCAGGAUCAUCUGGAAAACAGCUUUCCACCACAGUCCAAUGGUGAAGUACUUCAAAUGACUGCUAAAGUGGUGUACAUUGUUGAAAAGAAGCACUCAAGGGCUGUGACAGGCUCCCUGAAAUUUCUACCAGACAAGCCUUUCGCCAUGUUCUCCCCUGUGGACCACCGCGUCCCGAGGAUUAAUGUUCCGCUAACUGAUUGUCCGGAAGACUUUAGCUCCCGGCCGGCUGAUUACGCCAACACACUUUUCAUCUGCCGCAUCAUCAACUGUCCGGCUGACAGCAACUUUGCAGAAGGUCGGCUGGCGAAGACGUUGGGCCAGGCUGGAGAAAUCGAGCCAGAAACGGAGGGCAUUUUGUUAGAGUAUGAUGUCGAUUUUUCAGAGUUCUCGGAUGAAGUGCUUGAUUGCUUGCCCAAGAAUGUGCCCUGGACUAUCCCACCUGAGGAGAUGGCCAAGAGAAAAGACUUAAGGAAGGAGUGCAUCUUCACAAUUGACCCAGCGACCGCCAGAGAUCUGGAUGAUGCCUUGUCCUGUAAACGGCUUCCGGAUGGGAACUAUGAGGUGGGGGUCCACAUUGCGGAUGUCAGUUAUUUUGUGCAGGCGGGGAAUGCUCUGGAUAAAAUUGCGAGCCAGCGAGCCACAAGUGUCUACCUUGUACAAAAAGUCAUCCCAAUGUUGCCAAGGCUGCUCUGUGAGGAGUUAUGCAGCUUGAACCCUCUCACUGACAGGCUCACCUUCUCCGCCAUUUGGAAAAUCACACCUGAAGGAAAGAUUCUGAGUGAGUGGUUCGGCCGCUCUGUGAUCCGCUCGUGUGUCAAGUUGAGUUACGAUCAUGCUCAGAGCAUGAUCGAGGCCCCUGAGAAGACAUUUGCUGCCGAAGAACUGCCUCCUGUGGACCCUCAGCACUCCAUUGACGCGAUUCACCAGGCGGUGCUGAACCUGCAUUCCAUUGCCAAGAACCUCAGAGCUCAGCGUUUCUCUGGAGGAGCGCUCCGACUGGACCAGCUGAAACUCUCUUUCACUUUGGACAAAGAAACCAUGAUGCCGCAAGGCUGCUACAUCUACCAGUACAGAGAUAGUAACAAGUUGGUUGAAGAGUUCAUGCUAUUGGCUAACAUUGCCACAGCGCACCAUAUUUACAAACAUUUCCCUGAGCUAGCGUUACUCCGACGCCAUCCUCCGCCCAAGGCGAAGAUGGUGGAUGAGCUACAAGAGCUGUGUGACCAGCUGGGCAUUGACAUUGACCUUUCUUCUGCUGGCGCCUUAAAUAAGAGUCUCCUUUCAACUCUUGGUAAUGAUGAAUAUUCCAUUGCCCGCAAAGAAGUCCUCACCCACAUGUGCUCCAGACCUAUGCAGAUGGCAUUAUACUUCUGUACAGGUGUCCUCGGAGAGGAAAAGCUUUUUAAACAUUACGCCUUGAACGUUCCUCUUUACACUCACUUCACGUCACCCAUCAGACGCUACGCUGACAUCAUUGUGCACCGACUGCUGGCGUCUUCACUGAGUAUAUGCUUUAAACACUGCUUGUGUACAUUUCCCGUGAAAGCAGCAGGAAGUAUUGUCACGUUUUUGCCGGCGCUUUUCGACGUUUUCUGCUCUGUAUGUUUUCAUCCAGAGUGCUGUCCCAUGUUAGAGCUGUCAACAGAGGAAGUCCAAAAACAGACCUCGCGCUGCAAUGAGAAGAAGACUGCAUCUAAACGAGUCCAGGAGCUGAGCUCUGAGCUUUUCUUUGGCGUUUUUGUAAAGGACUGCGGCCCCCUGGACUCCGAGGCCAUGGUGAUGGCCGUGUUGGAUCAGUCCUUCGAUGUGCUGGUUCUGCGCUACGGGGUGCAGAAACGCAUCUACUGCAAGUCUGUCACCGGCCUGACCUCGUUCCACCAUCGCAAGGUGGGGAAGAAAUCCGAGCUGACUCUCCUGUGGACGCCAGAGGACCCCCAGAAACCUCCGGUCGAGCAGGUCAUUUCCAUCUUCACACUAGUGGAGGUGCAGCUCAAAGCAGACAGCGUGCCCAUGAAAUACAUGGCCUUACUCAAGAGGCCCAAUGCAAUUGCACCAUGAAUACUUGACGUGUCACGUCAGCAGGGUUAUCGCGGAGACGACCGUGAGCUGCAAAACACCAAGGAAUUCUGACAUUGUGACUUGAGCAAAGGAAAAAACCUGGAACGCUCACUAAUUAAUCAUGGUGUGUGUUGUAUUAAAGUGUAGUCAAGUCGAUAAAGUAUACAUCAUAGCUUUUAGAUGUUUAGUUUUAUUUAGUCUCAUAUACGUUACAGUCUUGGGAUACAGAAGAUUCUUUAGGUGAAAUAUCAAGAAUUGUGAAUUUGUACAUUUUGAACCGCUUUUACUAAUUCAGGUUAACACCACAGAUGGUGUUUGCACACAUCAACUGGUAUUUAACAUGUAUUAUUUAUGUAAAUCCUCAUUUUACACAGUGAGACCAGUAUUUUUCAAACUGUCACAGUUCAUAAUCUCAUAUUUGAAUUGACAUUUCUUGACAAUAGGUUCUACAAGGCUGAAACCAAGCUCUUGUAUUGCUUGUCUGUCAGACUCGGCUAAUAAAAUGAAUCAUUUAUUCACUCCUUGAUUUCAUUUUAAGAUUUGGAAAAGACUUGAUAGCAUAUAAAUUGCUGCUGAACAUGAUUGUCGGUUUUGCGCUCUUAAUUUGAUGCUGGCUAAUGCUAGCUUUUUUUUAUGUGGCGAUUUUUGGAAGUUAUGUGAUUUUACUUUUGAACAAGCCUCUGUUAUGCUUUAUAAGUACCUCAAAAGAGUUCGUGCUGUAUUUAAUUGAACUGUGCCAUUUUAUUUUCAACAAUGAUUCUUGUUUGUGCCGUUUAUAACAUGCAUUGCUUUGGUUUUGCUGCAGCGUGAGCUUUAAAUGCGUUUUAAAGUUUAGGGAAAAAAUGUGUUCACUUGACAAUUAACUGGACUCCCUUUGUAUUUUAGGAUUUGUGUCAUUUUAGUACUUUUGGUCUGCAGUAUCAUCAUCGUGUGUAACUUUAUUCUUGCCAGUAUUCCUAGCGCACUUGUGUUCCUCUGCCAUCCUACGAAGGUCUUGGCUGUUUUCACGGCAGCCAUUUUGUCUAUUUGAUUUACUGUUAUUAUGGUAGCAAGCAUGAGAGCGGUGGAGAGAAAAAGACCAAUCUUUUAUCUCUGGAUAAAUAAAUGCAUACUUGGAAAUGG